UUUGGCACCACAGCUCCCAGGUGCCCGGCGCGAAGGCGGAGCCGGACGGCAGCCGCCUGGGUGGCGCCACCGAGACCCCCGGGAGUUCGCAGGUCCCAGCGCUCCGGCUGCGACUCCCGUAGCAUCCCCGGCCGCGGUACCAGCAUCCCCCGGACCUCUCUGGCCGCGCUCAGUCCGCGGACGCCUCCACCAUGAGCGCGGGGCCACUAUGGCCGGCGCCCGGCAGCCUGCCUGCGCUCUGCGCCGCGCUGCUCCUGCUGGCUCUGCAGCCGCCCCCCGUGCGCGCCGAGGGGAAGCUCUUCAUGCUGGGCUCUCAGAAUGGCUCUCAGGGCCUGGACCUGGAGGCAGCGAGGCUCUCCUGCAGGAGCAGGGGUGCCCACCUGGUGUCUGCUGCAGAGCUGAAGAGAGUGGUCCGGGACUGUGCCUCCGCAGUGUGCACAACAGGCUGGCUGGCGGAUGGCACCCUCGGGACGACCGUGUGUAGCAAAGGGAGUGGUGAACAGCCAGUCUCCAGAGCUGUGGACGUGAGAAUUGACAGCCACCCAGUUCCUGGUGCUAAGUACAAUGCUCUUUGUAUUAAGGACGAAGAGAGACCGUGUGGAGACCCACCGUCAUUCCCACACACCAUCCUCCAGGGUCGCACUGGCUUGGAGAUGGGGGAUGAGCUGCUGUACCUGUGUGCACCAGGGUCCGUCCCAGGCCAUCGGGAAACGGCCUUUACCUUGUUGUGCAACAGCUGUGGGGAGUGGUACGGACUGGUGCAAGCCUGCGGGAAAGAUGAGGCCGAGGCCCACAUUGACUAUGAAGAAAAUUUCCCUGAUGACAGAUCCGUGUCAUUCAGGGAACUCAUGGAAGACUCCCGGGCAGAGGGAGAAAAGGAAAAGGCUCAGGAAGACGCCUCUGACGAGACACCAAAACAAGAUCGUCUGGUCUUCACUUCUGUCUCUAAAGAAAACAUAGCCCAGGUAAAAGCCUUUGUGCCUACCACAGGCUCGCCAGGCGCUGGGGGCAGUGUGCGCACUGACUGGCCACGAUCCCGCCUACACCGGAAGUACUCCCUCUGGUUUCCGGCCGAGACUUUCCACAAGCCAGAGCUGGGAAAGGAUGAGGGAGAUGAGACCAAAGAGCCACUUCCUGCCAGAGACAAUCACAGUGAAGAGAAACCGGCCCCAGAGGAGUCUGAAACAAGGCUGGUCUAUGCCACCACCUACAGCCCCUCAGAGCCAUUUGUGGAUAGGAAUGACAGCAAGGCAGAGGACCCAGGGGUGAGCAGCAGCGACGAUUCCUGGUUAGAUGGCUACCCUGUGACAGAUGGGGCUUGGAGGAAGGUAGAGGCUGGGCAGGAGGAUGAUGAGGACAAGGGGGAUGGGUCAGUGGGACCGGAUGAAAGUGGCCUCACGACUCCUGAUAAGGAGCCGGAGAAUGUCACCGUCACACCUAGUGAAUCCGUGAUACACAGCUCGAUCAGUCCAUCUCAAAUGCUCGACGUAGAAGCUCUGGUUCCAGGACCCAUCAAUGUGUCUGAGACUGAGAGUUCCCAUACCAGGGAUGUUGAUUCGACCAGUUCUCAAUCAACCAUACCCCGGAGAGUCACCACACAGCCGUCACCCAAGGUCACCUCACCCCAUGAACUGGCCAGCUCCACCCAAGAGACAGUAACAACAACCCUCCAGCCGACACAUAAACGUACGCCCUCGACUGAUGUGGAGGCCACCCAGCCUCCAGCAGGGGUGACAGCCCCUGAGGUUCAGGAUAACUUCCCUUAUCUGUUGUCUGAGGACUUCUUGGGACAGGAGGGCCCUGGGCCUGGUGCAAGUGAGAAGUUUCUUCCAACCUCGGCACCGUGUGUAGGGGAUGAGUGUCCCAGCUUCAGGAAAGGCCCGGUGAUCGCCACUGUGGUCACCGUCCUGUGUCUACUGCUACUCCUGGUAGUCGCGGGAGCCGUGUGGGGCUACCGCCGGUGCCAGCACAAGAGCUCUGUAUACAAGCUGAACGUUGGGCAGCGGCAGGCUAGACACUACCAGCAGCAGAUUGAGAUGGAGAAGGUGUAGCCUCUAUCAGCACGGGCUCUCACAGAGCAGCUCCGAGGAAGAUUAGCUGUGACUGAUCACACCGAUAAUUCCCGGGAUCUGAGUCGGAUAAGGCUUCACCCUCUAGAGUUCAAAUCUUUCUUCUAUAUGCUGAGAAGUGUCUCUGGGGGUGCCUAAAGGGUUGGUGACGUCAUCACACAUGUCAAGGUCUCCUCAACCAGCUGCCCUGGAAUUCAUUGCCCGAAUCCCAGAUCUCUGCUUUGACCCCAUUCCAAUAGAAGGCUGGGGUGUAGCUCUUUUAAAAAUCACCUUUCGUUUUGUCUUUAGAGAGAGAAUCACAAACUCCACACUCCAGGGCUGGCAGUGAAACCCAGUUCUUGGUUUCUCCUCUCAGGAUUAACUGUUUCUCUGAACUCCAGGAAGAAGGAAUGAUAUAGAAGCGGGGAAAUGUUUGAAGAAACCCAAAGACUGCUUUAUCAAAAAUGGAUCCUACUUGGUAGAGAGCGAAUAAACAUGAAUAUGAUGUCCCUGGGCUGAUCCAUCCCAGCCAUUGCUUAUAACAGUGACCACUGAGUGGCGUCUCAACGGUGUUUCUAGACAGUCAUCCAACCAGGGGCACAUCACCUGGGGAGUUGUGGAAGAUGUGGCUGAGCCAGCCCUGAGCUCAGUCUUCAGGUAGUUCUGAUGGGUAUUGAUGUUAGUUGGCCUCUGUCAUCUGUGGUGAUCUUGGAACCCAGGAAGGCCUGGAGUCAGGGAGGAGAGAACUGUCCACGCCCUGUCUCACUUGAGAUCGGCAUCCCACAGCAUCAUGUAAAGUGUCACCUCUGGCUGACUCCAGGGUGUUAGCUCAGAAGUAAGCACACCAUGGGUUUCUAUCUGAAUUACAUUCUUGAAGGUGUGAAAGUGACAGGGCCAGCACAUUUUUUUCUGAGGCACCACGGGAGUGUCUGUUUUUAUAUGGCACCAGAAAUCCUGACCCACAUUUUUGUUGGUGGUAGCUUUACAGUUGAAACACAGGUGGACGGUCUAGCAGGUAUCAGGUCCUGGGGUUCAAUCUCUGGGUGUGGUAUGACCCUAACCCUAAAACAAAAAAGUUGGUGAUGGUCUUUUACCAAAGGAAGAAAAAAGGUCUCACAAUAUAUUUUCUGUGCUGUCACCUGCCUGAUUCACGUGUUAGAAAGCAACAGGUUAUUGUCAAUAGCUACGGAACAGUAUAAUACAAUACAAAAUCCCAUGGACCAUAACUGGGUUACACGAAGGCCCAAGGGGACCAGAGAGGACACGUCUGCUCCAGAGGGAAGAGAGAGGGAAGAAAGAAGAUGUUUUCUGUAUGUAGCCAAAGAAGAACUCGACGGAGUAAACACAGAGACUGUACAAUUUUAAAUCGGAUUUGAAUCUCUUGUGAGAUGGCAUUUCUAUUUUUAUGACUAGUUAUGUAAAUAACCUUUGUCUCCAUGCAGGGAUGGUGUAAGUAACUAAUUAAACCCAGGACACUGAAUUUAUACCAACACGUAAGUAGAUGGUAUUAAUACAAAUGUCUUAAUAAGUUUAUUAUAAAUUAUUAACAUGUGUCAAUGAAUCCUUCUAUAGACUCGGACUGUAAAGUCAGCGCAGCGCACUAGCUCAUACAUUUUACCAAUUUGCUGUCAUCUUAAUUAAUAUGGAAGAGCAUGAGGACUGCUCGUCGGAAGGGCAUACAUGGGUCACUGGCUCACCAGGAACCUAAGCUGUCAUUGCAAAAGCUUUCAGAAUGGUAAUGCUUAUGAAAAUGGAGAGGAGGGGGUUUCAUUAAUACAGAGCUUCUGAUAUAUCUAAAAUAAAGUUAUUUCCCCCAACACUUGAUA